AAAGCUUUUUAAUAGUUCUUUUUUUUUGAGCACUCAUUUUUCAACUUGUUCAUUGUCCUCCCACUCUGCCUCUGUUUUUCUUCCAAACAACAGAGGGUCUAGUUGGAAUAAGAAAAUUAUAUGCUAUGUACAUUUCUGCAAAUUAGUGUGGGUUUUUGAACCACUUAAGCUCUGCUUUCAUUGCUUCUGGUUCAAGCAAAAAACCAACAAAGAUUCCAUCUCUUUUUCCAAUGAAUGUACUUUAAAUCUAAACAGAUCUAGUGGGUUGUUUUCAAAAUCUGUUUUUGUUAGUUGUUCUUUGUUCUUUCCUUCUUUUUCCUGUUUUGUUUCUUUUACAAUUUAGUCCUCCCCUGUUUUUUUUCCUCAAAAUGGAUCGGUUUCCUUCAACAACUAUCUUUCCCGACACAACCGAUGAUUUGUCGAUGCAAAUGGCAGUGAUUUGGGGCCAAAUCAAAGCACCAUUGAUCGUGCCAUUGUUGAAACUCGCCGUCGUGGUUUGUUUGAUAAUGUCUGUAAUGCUUUUUAUUGAAAGAGUUUAUAUGGGGAUAGUCAUUGCUUUGGUCAAACUGUUUGGUCGGAAACCAGACAAAAGGUUUAAAUGGGAAGCCAUUAAAGAUGAUGUCGAGUUGGGGAACUCAGCUUAUCCUAUGGUUCUGGUUCAAAUCCCAAUGUAUAAUGAAAGAGAGGUUUAUCAACUGUCCAUUGGAGCUGCAUGUGGCCUCUCAUGGCCUUCUGAUCGGAUCGUUAUUCAAGUCCUUGAUGACUCAACUGACCCAACAAUUAAGGAUAUGGUGGAAUUAGAGUGUCAAAGAUGGGCAAGCAAAGGGAUCAACAUCAAGUAUGAAAUAAGGGACAAUAGGAAUGGAUACAAAGCAGGGGCUUUAAAAGAAGGCAUGAAACACAGUUAUGUGAAACACUGUGACUAUGUUGUCAUUUUCGACGCUGAUUUCCAGCCCGAACCUGAUUUCCUUUGGCGAACCAUUCCUUUCCUCGUUCACAACCCUGAAUUAGCUUUGGUUCAAGCUCGUUGGAAAUUCGUGAAUGCUGAUGAAUGUUUGAUGACAAGGAUGCAAGAAAUGUCAUUAGAUUACCACUUUACUGUUGAACAAGAAGUGGGGUCUUCCACCUAUUCGUUCUUUGGCUUCAAUGGAACUGCUGGUGUAUGGAGGAUUAGUGCUUUGAAUGAAGCCGGUGGAUGGAAAGAUCGAACCACGGUCGAGGACAUGGAUUUAGCUGUUCGAGCUAGUCUCAAAGGAUGGAAAUUCCUUUACCUUGGUAGCCUAAAGGUGAAAAAUGAAUUGCCGAGUACAUUGAAAGCAUAUCGGUACCAACAGCAUCGAUGGUCUUGUGGUCCAGCUAACCUUUUCAGGAAAAUGGUCAUGGAGAUCAUUAAAAACAAGAAAGUUUCGACAUGGAAGAAAGUACAUGUAAUUUACAGCUUCUUUGUGGUCAGAAAGCUUGUUGCCCACAUUGUUACAUUCAUUUUUUACUGUGUUGUUUUACCUGCAACUGUACUUGUGCCUGAAGUUGAGGUUCCAAAGUGGGGAGCUGUUUAUAUUCCUUCUAUCAUUACCAUUCUCAAUGCUGUCGGAACUCCGAGGUCAUUUCACUUACUGGUUUUUUGGAUCCUUUUUGAAAACGUCAUGUCGUUGCAUCGAACUAAGGCUACCUUCAUCGGCUUAUUAGAGGCUGGUAGAGUAAACGAAUGGAUCGUCACUGAGAAACUCGGGGAUACUCACAAGUCUAAAGCAGCUGCAAAAGCACCCCGAAAACCCCGUUUCCGGUUCGGAGAAAGACUCCAUGUGUUAGAGCUAAGCGUCGGAGCUUAUCUAUUCUUCUGCGGCUGCUACGAUGUCGUGUUCGGUAAAAACCAUUACUUCAUAUACCUUUUUGCACAAGCAAUCGCCUUCUUCAUCAUGGGAUUCGGAUAUGUUGGCACCAUCAUCCCCAACUCGUAAUGCAACUCCUUAAAUUAGUCCGUAGUGGCCAUUAUCAUCAUCGCCGGUGUAAUUCUUUUGGCUACUAAUGCCAUCAACAGGUGAUUAUGUGGUGAUUAUAACAACAUUUCCUUGCAAUUUUUAGCUUUGUGUAAAAAAAACAAACAAAAAUCUAAAAAGGGUUAUUCUUUUAAGGUUGAGCAUAGGAUUUUUUUUUCGAGUUCGAUAACUCGAAAAAAAAAAAGUUAGUUAUCUUUGUGAAUAUCCAAGAAAAUUAAGGGAAAUACAGAAACAUAUGUUGUAAUGGUAAUGCAUAUGCAUCAUACAGAGAAUUAUAAGGAGCUAAUGGAAGGUUGUUUCUGGGUUUUGACCCCCAAAAUAGACAAUAUAGAGAAGAUUUUGGAGUGAAUUGUUUGCAUUUUUUUUUUUCUAUUUGUAGCUUUUUUUUCUUCUUCUUUUUUUGUAAUUUUCCCAUUUAUGUUGUGGUUGGGAAUUUGUUUGAGAAAUGAAAUAAAAAUAAUGAGAAAAGCUUUCAUUUUCA